AUGGAUGACUGUAAAGUUAGUGACCCCUUCCGCCAGGGCCAAGAUGAAGUCGCGGGCCACCCCGGCUUCAGACAUUACCUUCAACUCUAUCACUCCAAGGAUCAGCCCUCUGGCUAUCAUUCGGAUGAAUUGCCAUCCGAAGGAUCCAAUCCUCGCAAUUCGGUUCGUGACAGUCGGCGGAAGAUUCGUCGUUCAAAUUCACCACGUCACUCCAAGCACAACGUCGUUCCCCAAUCGAUCUCUCCCCCUGUAUUGUCACCGUCGAAACAGAGUGGGUGGUCAAUCCUCGAUUCCAAGGUGUUCGAAUGCAACUGGGAUCUUUCCGAUCUUAUGAUAGAGCUUCUUAGUGUCCCUCAUGGGUCUUCGGUGUCGGGUGAUUCCUAUGCUCACCCGGAUGUAAUUGGCAUAGAGAAGGACCUUUUCGAUAUGCUGACAUUGACAAAAUCAGAAAAAGGUGUUAAGGUGUUGACCUGUAGGGAAUACGUUGCAGAGAUGUACGGCAAAGAAGGGGUUAGGCUUCUGAGCCAUAUCAUACGAGCUCAGAUGAACGAUGACCACAAAUCCGAUGACAAUGACAUGUUGGUUCAGAUAGGCACGUUGAGCCUUUUUGUUCUGUUGCGACCAUCGCUUAGCCACCUCUGGGACUUACUCCUGUGGGUAUGCCUGACAUUCCGUCGACCAGUGCGGGGAAACGUCUCUGUGUCAACGGGGAUAAUCGAUGGGAAUAAGGUGGCUCUCAAACGUUUAACUCAGUUGGAAAGGCUAGCGAAUAGCUGUUGGCUCAGUCUCUUCGAAACCGCGGUCAUUGCGUCAGACCCUCGCAUUCAGCCCGAAGAGGGAUUCCACUUGAAUCUGAACUUCCAUCUCAUGCUUCAAUUGGCAGCAGUCGAGUAUCCAGUCAUGGUUGACCCUGGCCUGGUACUCAUGGGAUACUCAACUGCUCUCGUCCCUGUGCGGAAGGAUCAUGAAUCAGUCCUCUGGCACCUGGAAACAGCGAACCACGACUUUCAAUUGCGAACCACUGAACUUGCAACAGUCAAGAGAGAUUGGAUGAAGACAACAAAGUUGGAGGACCUCCAAACAAAGACGGUCUUGCUGGGCUGGUGCCCAGAGGCAGUGACGCAACUAGGAACGAAAAAUGUAAAUUCCACAAUCGGAUGGUCUGAUGCGAAGCCCAAACACACUACAUGGAGUUGGACUGGAGCAAGCCUGCAGUUGAUAGCAACGAGCGUAUCUCCGUUUCAGAUUGGAGGAGGGUUCAGCAUAGCCUUUGAGAGAAGAAUCAACACACUACGAUUCAGCCCUCAGAGAAACUAUGCCAAAUGCCUCCGCAGUAGUGCAAUGGAGCCAAUUAUUCUGUAUGAUGCGGCUCACGACCCUUGCGCACCGUUUCCGGGCGGCCACAAGCUGUGGAGUGAGUUCAUCGUACAGUUCGCCGCGCUCCAUUCGGCAGGGGUUGUUAUCUUCGUUGAUGUUGGUCAACAUGGGGGAACUGGCGGCUGA